AGCCCGUCCUCACUGAGGCACACGCGUCAGGGCAGGUCUGGGUUUGGAUGCAGGAGGAACUGGAUGUUUUGUUGUUUUGGUUUUUUUUUGGUUUGGGUGGAGGGGGGGGUUCAGACAAAAUGCUGAGUCUUGAACCGAGACUGCUGCGGUGUCGCGUCGUCGUUUUCCAUUAACGAGCUGGGUUCACGUCGGGUCGAUGUGCUGGGCUGUGGAUAAUGUCUGGAGGUGCUGCCGGCUCCGUGUGCGGAUCUUCUGACAGGGAAAGUUGCUCGUUGUAAUCUAAGAAAAAGAUGCAUCUGUUUCGGAGUCACAAUUAUCAAGUGUUCCCGGACCGCUACUCGGUGGAAACGCCGACCAUACGAGGCAUCAGCUGGACUCCCCUGCCAGAGGCCUUGGAUUCGAAGGACACUAUGAAGCAGUUUCUUUCAGAUCGUGUUGUGAAGGCAGCCAGAUCAGUGUAUAGUGUCAUGAUCGAGAGGAACCCCGGUCUGAUCCGGGACAGAAAGUAUCACCUCAAAACAUAUAGACAAUGUUGUUCUGGUAAAGAACUUGUUGACUGGCUGAUGAAACAGAACGAAUGCCUCCAAUCAAGAAGUCAGGCAGUUGGGAUGUGGCAGGUCCUCGUGGACGAAGGAAUCCUUGUUCAUGUGAAACAUGAGUUGAACUUCCAUGACAAGGAUGCACAGUUCUACCGCUUCCAAGACUCUGAGUUUGGCCUGAACCACAUGACAAAUGAGAAGGACUCAGAGGACGAGCUGCAGGAGGCUCUGUCGCUGCUGUCUCAGCUGGGUCCUGAUGCUCUGCUCACCAUGAUUCUACGCAAAUGCCCCAGUCAGAGGAGUGCUGAGGACCUGGAGGUCAUCUACGAGGAGCUGCUCCAUGUCAAGGCUGCUGCUCAUCUCUCCACCUCGGUGCGUAAGGAGCUGGCAGCGGUGCUGGUCUUUGAAUCACAUGCCAAGGCUGGAACAGUGUUGUUCAGUCAGGGGGACAAAGGCACUUCGUGGUACAUCAUCUGGAAAGGCUCUGUAAACGUGAUCACACGUGGAAAGGGGCUGGUAACUACACUACACGAGGGCGAGGACUUUGGGCAGCUAGCUUUGCUGAACGAUGCACCUCGUGCUGCCACCAUUAUCUUGAGAGAAGACAACUGCCACUUCCUCCGCGUUGAUAAACAGGAUUUCAUACACAUCCUCAAGGAUGUGGAGGCAAAUACAGUGCGACUGGAGGAGCAUGGGAAAUCCGUGCUGGUGUUGGAGAAGAGCGCCAACUCAGCCCAGCAAGGCGGAGCGGGAAACAACAGCAAGUACACAGUCAUGUCAGGAACACCUGAGAAAAUCCUGGAACACCUACUGGAAAGAGUAAAGUUGGAUUCUAAUGGAAAUGACGCCACAGAUCCCUGUGUGACUGACUUCCUGCUCACCUAUAAAGUCUUCAUGCCCUCCAGCCAGCUGUGUCCUGCACUACAGCACCAAUAUCCUGAGAUGGCAGAGCUCUCUGAGGGCUCAGAUCAGGAGAAGGCUGCCUACAUUCUCAACACCAAGCAGAAGGUAGUGAAGUUGGUUGGCCAGUGGGUGGCGCUGUAUGGCCUUCUGCUGAAAGAAGACCCUAUUGCUUUGGACUUUUUGGAGAGGUUGAAGAAGGAAGGGGCAGGUGAUUUUCGUCUGUCCAGCCUGCUGAAAGAACAAUUUAGGGAAAGGAGGAGAACAAAAGUUUUGGAGAAUGGAUAUCAGUCUAUGAGCAGGAGCCAGCCAUUCGAUUGGUUUUUAAACAGUGAGGAGCCUGCAGGGAGGUUACAGCCAAUCAGAGCACAGGAUAAAGUGUUGUAUGAGAUCUACAGGCCGGACAGCAAACCUCUCACUCUGAUGCUCCCAGUGAACGCAUCGGUACAGGAUGUGAUGUCAGCGAUAGUCAAACCCGGCGGGGAUCACAUCCUGGUCAAAAUGAACUCCACAGGAGAAAGAGCUCAGUUAAAGCUGGAUGCCACUGCAGUCUACACCGCCCUUGGACUCAAUGAAAGACUGUUCAUCUGCACAAGCGAACAAGUGGAACAACUGAUGCCUCUGAAGGAGCAGCAGGGUCCAGAGCGAGGAACAACUGAUGUACUUGAACAGAUGGGCUCCAAAGACCUCGCAAAUGAACUCACCAAUUAUGACUGGGAGCUGUUCACUGCCAUGCAUGAGGUGGAACUUGUCCACUACAUAUUCGGGCGUCAUAAAUUCCCCGGUGCCAUCACAGCUAACCUGGAGAGGUUUGUGCGUCGCUUCAAUGAGGUGCAGCACUGGGUGGUGACUGAGCUGUGCCUCUGUGAGGACCUGGCGAAACGAGCCAUUCUGCUUAAGAAGUUCAUCAAGAUUGCUGCAGUCUUAAAGGAGCAGAAGAAUCUUAAUUCAUUCUUCGCUGUGAUGUUUGGUUUGAGUAACAGCGCAGUGCAGAGGCUUUACAAGACCUGGGAGAGAAUACCCAGCAAGACAAAAAGAAUUUACUGUGCUUAUGAGAGGUUGAUGGAUCCUUCACGCAACCACAGGGCCUACAGACUGGCUGUGGCCAAGCUCAGUCCUCCUUACAUCCCCUUCAUGCCUCUGCUGCUCAAAGACAUGACAUUCAUCCAUGAAGGGAAUCCAAACUAUGUAGAAAAAUUGGUCAAUUUUGAGAAGAUGAGAAUGAUUGCCAAGACAGUGAAAAUUGUACGAGGAUGCAGAAGCCAACCUUAUGUGCCUUCGUCACCGCAGAGGGGUCUGGCAGAUCGGAUGUUUCUGGAAGGGAAUGCUGCUCGCAUAUCGACAUACUCAGACCACGCCCUCCCUCUGCGCAGUCCCAGCAACAUCCGACACUACAUUCAGAACCUGAAGGUGAUUGACAGCCAGCGCAAGCUAACACAGCUAUCAAGAACAUUAGAAUGCUAAAUUACAUCAACCUGCAAAUGUACAAAACAGAAACUGCAGAACUGUAGCACAAAUCUGAACCCGGAGAUCAGAUUGUAGUGAGAUGAACAAAGCUUCCACACUUCUCUAAAUAUGAUGGACCUCUGGAGGUGUUGAGUACCGUGGAAAUCCACUAUUUCAAGGAGCUUUGACAUUCAUGGUCAGUACUGAGAGAGAACACGUGCAGAGUGCACGGUAAUGACCUCCAAUCCUGAAACAGAGAAACCAAUUCUCCAUCAAUUGAACUUGUGGGACAUUUUUUUUUUUUUAAAUCCACAAAGCCUUACAGCACACUGGUGUGUAAACAUUUCUGGUGUGUGUGCCACAGUGGAAACUGAUCCCCUCACAAAGGCAAUGUUACAACUUGUACAGUUUGGCAAAGUAUGGCCGUCUUUGGUGUCAAGAUUCAUUUAUGUGACAUUUUUACUGCUGUCUGUGGGAGAGCCACACUGGUGGUUUCAUAAGGGCCAUAAGAACACAACCUACAGAUCUUAGCUAUCACUUUCACUUAAGGUCAGUUUUUUUGUGCACUUGUAUUUUCACAUUAAAACUAAUGUAUUGUAUCUGAUCUUUUUUUUUUGACAACUGACAUGCAUAUAAUUUCAUACAAUGCUGUUUUCUAAAUAAAUUAUUUUCUCAGUUA